CCCCACCCCAUUUCACUCCGCCGCUCUACCCUCCACCAGACCGCGCCCCUGUUGCGCGUCGCCGGACAUCUUUUGUUGUCGUUGUUGUUGCUGCUUGUUCGGCCUAGUGUUUACAUCGUGUGCCUGCUGAUCCCCCGUUUUGACACCUGUGGCAUUUAUCUCGUGCAAGUUUAUGGCGAAAUGCAAAAUAUGAAGAGGCAGUGCUUGCGACCGCGAGGAGCUUACGAUGAUGACUACUGCGACUACGAAACAGAAAUAAACAGCGACAGUGAUUCAAGCAAAAGUAUCAGACGGUCCCAAAUCAGGAGUGAGGAGAUGUCGGUCUAUCCCAAGGAUCUAAGAGCACUCCUCAGAGCCAAGGGAGAGAAGCGUUCAUCAAUGCAGCAGCUCAAGAAUGACCCUAUGACGACAAGUGACGGCCUCCCAAGAAAGAUAAAAAUUGAAGAAGAUGCCGACAACGGAAUGUGCAGGCCGCCAUCGGCCAUCACCCCUCAAACGCAGUCCAUGUCGUCGUCGUCGUCGACGUCCUCCUCGACCCUGUCGUCUUCACCCGUCCCCGUGAUGGCGUCGACGCCCGCCGCCGUGAACUCACCGUCGCCGUCCGCACCCGCGACGGCAACGACGACGACCUGCGACCCGGGCGCCCCGCCCCUGCUGAGGGUCCUGCAGACCCUGGUGGACGACGGCGUGGACCCCGAUAACCUGUACUACCUGGCGGAGUGCGGGUUGCAGUGGAAGAGCCUGCCCGCGUCGACGCUGGCGAAGGCCUCGUUGGUCGGGCGGAAGGUCUCCGCCGCGCAGUACGCGGCGAUGGUCCGCGCAGAGACCCUGACCCUCGCGGCGUGCUGCAGCGCCGCGGGUCACCAGCUCCCUCUGCUGGUCAUCGGCAAGCACCCCGACCCGCGCUCCAUGAAGCACCUCCGCCACGACCUCGGCGUGGUGUACAAGGCGCAGAACCCUCCCUGGCUCACGGCCUUCGUGGCCCAGGACUGGCUGGACAGUCACUUCAAGAAGGACGUGGAGCUCCGCCAGCAGGUGACGGGGAAGACCGGAAGGAUCGUGCUCAUCCUAGAGGACAGAGCGGCCCUCCGCAAGGUAGUCUGUCCCGAGAACGUGGAGAUCCGCUACCUGCCGCGCGGCGAACUGGUGUUCAAGAAACGCUUCGACGUGCUGUUGACCGGCGUCAAGCGUAGCUACAGAGCUGCUCAAAUAAAACUUCUCUGCAACCAGCCCUCACCCGCUGUGGCGCCUAGGCUGGCGGAUCUGGGUGCAGUGGACAAGUUUUAUAUAGACUACGAUCUGAUGGACUGCAUAAAAUUGCUGAGAGAAUCCUGGGACGAAGUACCUCUGGAUAACUUAAAACGGAUAUGGCUCCAGGCCCCAGUAGCGGCCACUUUAUCGAUGAUGGCGCCGUGUCUCAACCAGGUCGGAGGGGAGAGAAUAAUCAAAGGAGAAUUCCUAAGACAGUGGAUGGAGCAGGCGGAAGCAGACGAAGAAGGGGACAUCUGCCUCAAAAAUGUUAUCAACGUAGAGGAGGGAACGGAAUUCAGUGAUGAAGAAGUGGAGAUAACCCAUGCAUUUGAAACAAUUAGAAAAUGGUCAAAGAAGAGGCCUGACUAUACCCAACAAACAGUUAAUUCCCUUUGUAAUGAUUACUAUGACAAUUAUUUUUGUAAGAGACUCUAAUGCGAGUCAAACUCAUUUCUCAGGAAUUCCAUUUGUGCCAAUAUAGUUUUGUCGUAUUGCCACGGCAUGCUAGUUGUAUAUGUUUACCUGUAAUCGACAGUUUUUAUUUUUCAACCAAAGUGUUUAUGUUAAUCUGUUAUGUAUUUUAUUAAUGGAUUGGCUAGCUCCUACAAAAUGUGAUUUUGUAAUUUCUUUGUAAAUAUGAACAGAUUUUUAUUUAUGGAACGACCUUAGAAUUUGAGUGUCAUGCUUCUCUAAAUGAUAAUAAACUAUUAUCAGAAUCAGCAAA